CCCGCCGCUGCUGCGUGCUCAACGACUACCCCCCAUCAAGCAUCCACAACGCACGCUCGACCUACAUCGCUUCGCACGCGACUACCAACCUCGUCCCACAUCGCAACCAAACAAUGUCUGCCGCCAACGCCGCCUCUCCCGCCGCCGCCGCCCCCAACGCCGCUCCGGCUCCCGCUACUACCUCGGCGACUGCCCAGGCCGCUGCUGCCCCUGCCGCCGCCACCGCGACUGACUCAACCGAGGACUACGAGGGCCACCGCGUCUACAUCGGUAACCUUGCUUUCUCGGCCACUGAGGAGCAGAUCCGCGAGCACCUCGCCAAGGUCGGCGGCGAGAUCACUUCGGUGAUUCUUCCUACCCGUUACAAGAACCGUCCCGCCGGUUACGCCUUCGUCACGUACAAGAACGAGGCCGACGCCACCAAGGUCGUCGAGGCCCUCAACGAGACGGAGAUCGGUGGCCGUCAGGUUCACCUCCAGCUUGCGCGCUCCAAGGAGGAGAAUGCUGAGCGUCGCACGGCGCUCCUCGAGAAGCGCAAGGAGGCCAAGGCUGCCAAGGUGGCCAAGGCCAAGGAGGUCAAGGAGGAGAAGGAGGCGGCCGACACUCCUGCAGUGGACGGCGAGAAGUCGGCCACCAGAGCCGACAAGCCUCAGAAGAAGAAGAAGGCCGCGGCCUCAAAGGCAAGUUCCGUCUUGCCAUUGUAUGUUUCAAAGUUGACACCCUCACAGUCUCGCCGUCGUCGCCCCGAGGACGGCGACGAGACCGCUGUCGACGACGAGGCCGAGGCCGUCGACACCCCGGCCAAGCCUUCCAAGCCGCCCAAGAAGGCCAAGGAGCCCAAGGCCAAGGCCGAGAACGGUGAUGCCGCGGACAAGGAGCCCAAGGAGCGCAAGCCUCGUCUUGUGCUGACCGGCGAGUUCAGCAAGAACACGGUCUUUGUGGCCAACCUUCCCUUCACUGUUGAUGACGAUGGUCUUAGCGAGAUUUUCACUAAUCUCUCGAUCAAGGUCAAGUCGGCGCACGUUAUCAAGGGUAUUCGCAAGCUCCCGGGGCGCCGUGCGUUCCGCGGUUCAAAGGGCUUUGGCUUCGUUGUUCUCGAAGACGAGGCCCAGCAAGUUUCCGCUGUCGAGAAGGUCAAUGGUAUGGAGGUUCAGGACCGUAAGAUUACUGCAAAGGUCGCGCAGGAGAUGAAGGCACUCGAGGAGAUCGACAACGAGAUGGCCCAGCGCAACUCGAAGACGGACGUCAAGGCGGACGCCAAGGCGGACACCAAGGCCGAGGUCAAGGCUGACACCAAGACUGACGCCAAGGUUGAGGCGACUGCAUAAUCAUAGCGACCAAAGGCAUUCAGUAGCGCCGGGCUUUGUCCGGCAUCAACAUUGUAUAUAGUAACCGUUCCGUCAUCAUCACUCGGUCGGGGUCGAU